GGGAUUGCUCGCCAAGCCGCCUUUAAUUGCGGGCCAAUUCAUAGCCCGCGCUUUACCUUUUCAACAGUCCAUUUCGCACCUUUUAUACUCACUGUAAACGAAACUUACAUCUCCCGAAAUGGCACACCGCAAACUCGACAUUGACGCACUCGAUGCGAGCAACCAGGAGCUGACACAGCAAAUGCAGUACCUGAGCACAAAGACAACGUCGGAGCUUGUCUCCUCGGUCGACCAAAAAGCCGCAGCUGUGCGCGCCGCUAUCACGCGCGGCAACUCGGCCGAGGCCCUGGAGCGCGCCCUGGCCGAGCCCCCCUAUGGCCAUGGCAUGGAGGCUGCACAGGCCGCCAACGCUCAGUUGGUCAGCGAAGUACUGACUGCCACACGCGCCCAGGAUAUCGCCAGCGUGGUUGGCAGUCUGUCGGAUGACGCCAAGGAUGUGCUGCUGAAGUAUAUUUACCACGGAUUGGCCAAGCCCGCCGAGUUCAACUGCGGCGUGCUGUUGAGCUGGCACGAGCGAGUUGUGGAGGCCGGGGGACUGGGAUCAAUUGUCAGGGUCAUGACAGACAGGAAGACAGUCUAA